UAUUCAACGGUUAAUCCGCUGCCGUUUAUCCUAUGAACGUAGCGACAUGGAAUUAAUCGAAGUGCCAGUUAGCCUUGCUCGACAGGGAACAACUCCACAGCCAAAGACGCAACAAAUGACACGAGAGGACAAUCUUCUCUUUUAGCGCUCACAUUAGCACCAUUCACGUCGAUCGACCACGGCACAGUUGUGCCUCAUUUAUAUUAACACGAACUUAGAUACAUUAAAUAAGAGUGAAAAACAUUUUGGAACGGAAAAAAAUAACGAUACAAAAUAAUGUGCUGCAGUUCACAGAGUAACCGCCUGCCGGCAGUAUUGAGCUUCACAAGUUGUUCUAAUGUGCGAGAAGAAGAACAUGUUGCGCUGCUUCUCAUCGGCGUUUGUGCGCAUGUGUUCUCUGCGUUGAACCUUUUUUAAAACGACGACAUAUUUAUUUGACAACAUGCCUCGUUUCGCCCAGAUCGUGAUGGGCCCCGCGGGGAGCGGUAAGAGCACCUACUGCUCCACGAUGGUGAAACAUUCGGAGACUUUAAACCGCUCGGUUCAGGUGGUCAAUUUGGAUCCGGCUGCCGAGCACUUCGACUAUCCGAUACUGGCAGACAUCCGGGAACUUAUCCAGGUGGAUGAUGUGAUGGAGGAUGACUCUCUUCGGUUUGGACCAAAUGGAGGCCUGGUCUUUUGCAUGGAGUACUUUGCAAAUAACUUUGACUGGCUGGAGGAAAGUUUGGGUCACAUGGAAGAUGACUACAUCCUCUUUGAUUGCCCAGGUCAAAUUGAACUCUACACACACCUCCCUGUCAUGAGGCAACUAGUCGACCAGCUCCAACAAUGGGAAUUUCGGGUUUGCGGGGUCUUCCUGGUGGACUCGCAGUUCAUGGUUGAGUCUUUCAAGUUCAUCUCUGGAGUCAUGGCUGCUCUGAGUACCAUGGUAUCAUUAGAGAUACCACAAGUAAACAUCAUGACAAAGAUGGAUCUUCUCAAUCCCAAAGCCAAGAAGGAAAUUGAGAAGUACCUUGAUCCAGACAUGUACUCCAUGAUGGAUGACAGCUCUGACACAAUCAGAAGUAAGAAAUUUAAGAAGCUAACAGCAGCCAUCUGCGGACUCAUUGAUGACUACAGUAUGGUUCGAUUCCUGCCUUUUGACCGACUUGAUGAAGAAGGAGUCAACAUUGUACUGCAGCACAUCGACUUCUCUAUACAGUAUGGGGAAGACCUGGAAUUCAAGGAGCCAAAGGAGACUGCUGAGGACCCUGAUAACAUUAACUAUGAUGAGAUUUUCCAAGACAAAACAGGAAGCUGAAUGAUGUGAAUAAUGUUUUUUUAAAUGACAUAUGAAUAAAGAGCUUGUUGACCUUUCAACUUCUUCACGCAAGACUGUUGUUGAAGAACAUCCGAAUGUGUGGGGUUUUUUUUGUCUUUAUAUUUUUAAAGUUCGUGUUCUAUUUAAGAGUUGUCGAUGAUAUAUUUUUUAAUAAAAACAUUUCUGAA